AAUAAAACUAAGAAUUGGCCAGCUCUUCACAGCUAUUGGCAACACAAGCGAGCGAGAGACUAGUCUGUCUCAUUUCUCUCUCUCUCUCUCUCUCUCUCUCUCUCUCUCUCGCUUCCUUUAGCCUCAGAAAACCCUCAUUUCUCCAGCUUUCCCAAAUUUUGAAUUCCAAUGGCUUUCUCCGAUUCUUCAAAACAAUCCCUAAUCCCUAGCUUCCUCUACUCUUCUUCUUCCUCUUCUAAAACCCUCACUCUCUCAAAACUCCUCCACUCUAACCAACAGUCGCCGUCGCCAUCUCUCAUGAGGAAGAGCAGCGGAAAUUUCGUGAUCCCUGCUCCAAGUGAGCCAGGGAAGAUCGAGAUGUACUCUCCUGCUUUCUACGCUGCUUGUACAGCUGGUGGUAUUCUUAGCUGUGGUCUUACUCACAUGACUGUUACUCCUCUUGAUCUUGUCAAGUGCAAUAUGCAGAUUGAUCCUGCAAAGUACAAAAGCAUCUCAUCUGGUUUUGGAAUCCUGCUCAAGGAGCAAGGAGUGAGAGGCUUCUUCAGGGGCUGGGUGCCUACCCUCCUUGGUUACAGUGCUCAGGGUGCCUGCAAAUUUGGAUUCUAUGAGUUUUUCAAAAAGUACUACUCCGACAUUGCUGGGCCUGAGCAUGCAGCCAAGUACAAGACCUUGAUUUACCUUGCUGGUUCAGCAUCUGCUGAGGUUAUUGCAGAUGUUGCUCUUUGCCCCUUUGAGGCAGUAAAGGUUCGAGUUCAAACUCAGCCUGGUUUUGCUAGGGGCUUGUCAGAUGGACUUCCCAAAUUUGUCAAAUCUGAAGGCGCUCUUGGGUUGUACAAAGGUAUUGUUCCUCUCUGGGGACGGCAGAUUCCAUAUACAAUGAUGAAGUUUGCAUCUUUUGAGACUAUUGUUGAGAUGAUCUACAAGCAUGCCAUCCCUACACCAAAGGACCAAUGCAGCAAAAGUCUACAGCUCGGUGUUAGUUUUGCUGGUGGUUAUGUUGCUGGUGUUUUCUGUGCUAUUGUAUCCCAUCCUGCUGAUAAUCUUGUCUCUUUCCUCAACAAUGCCAAAGGCGCAACUGUCGGUGAUGCUGUGAAGAAGCUAGGUCUGUGGGGCCUGUUUACCCGUGGGCUUCCCCUCCGUAUUGUCAUGAUUGGAACUCUUACUGGAGCACAGUGGGGUAUCUAUGAUGCAUUCAAAGUUUUUGUGGGGCUGCCAACUACCGGUGGUGUUGCUCCUGCUGCCCCUGCUGCUGAGCUUGCAAAAGCAUAAUAAUUCCAGAGGAGAAGAGAUUUAUUGUGCUGUUCAAUGUUGAAGCUGGGAAAACUAUAGUGAUAAUAAGCAAGCAUAGGAUUGAUGACUCCCAAGGCAAAGGAGAUAAUUCUUUUUAAAUUCAGAACUUUAAAUCAAUUUUUGUCAUUUUGGCUAAUAUGACUCCGGAGGGAUGGUUUUGUUUUCAUCCUCCCUAUCAUGAAUACCUUUUGUUAGUUAGAUCAAGAUAUGAAAUUUCACUCCGAUGUUAGGAUCAAGAUGUCCCCUGUCAAGACAACCAAAAAUAACGGGCAGAUGGGGGUAGAUUAGCACUCUUUAUUUACAACAUUAUUUUAAAUUUUAUUGAAUUUAUGCUUGGGUCUUAUUAAUAUUUCAAACAUUUAAUGUUGAAUACUUCUUUUUUA